CACUGGCAGGCAAGCCAUCUGUUUUCACAGCUAGAAAUAUUGUUUUGAUCAAAAUUCCUCUAACUUUCAUGAUUUCCUUGAUUGAAUACCGAUAUAAAUUGGCGAAAAGCACCCGAAGAUAUUGAAAGUGUAUUCAGCGGUUGAAAAACGUGGUAACUUUACGCAAAAAUGGAGUGUCUAGGUUGUAUUUUAUCCAGUUAAAAAAUAUUCCGUACUUUGUCAACAUUAUGGUUUCAUCUUUAUGAACUUAUGACUCAUAAAUACGAAGCGCUGCAAAAGAUGUCGCCGAAACGAAAAUGGGAAGAGUUUCCUGGUAGAAACAAAUUUUACCUUGAUGGAAGAUUUAUAAUGGCAAAGGCAAAUGGUGUUUGUAUGUUCACUGCAUUUUUGAUAAUAUCAACAAGCAUAUUAUUUUUUGUUUUCGACUCUCCUUACCUAUAUAAGAAUGUUUCAAAGGCUGUACCAUUUAUUGCUGCGUGGCUCUUCCUCUUUUCAUUGGGAGCUCUAGCAAGCAGCUUUAUAGAUCCAGGAAUUAUUCCAAGAGCCUCACGAGAGGCUGCAUAUGUUGAAAAACACAUUGCAUUGGAAGUAAGUCAAUCCCAAGGCUAUCGUCCACCAGCACGAACAAGAGACAUUACUGUGAAUGGGCAAAACGUGAAAUUGAAAUAUUGUUUUACUUGUAAAAUAUUUCGUCCACCGAGGGCAUCACAUUGUAGCAUGUGUGACAACUGCGUUGAUCGUUUUGAUCAUCAUUGUCCAUGGGUUGGAAAUUGUGUUGGAGAAAGGAAUUAUAGAUUUUUCUAUCUGUUUUUAGUUUCUUUAUCAAUUUAUUGUGUGUACAUCUUUUCAUUUGUUAUUCUGCACUUAGUUCUAUUGUCAAAAGAUGAAGGUAGUUUUCUUCAUGCUUUGAAAACUUCUCCAGCUAGCAUACUAGAGGCCAUUGUCUGUUUCUUUUCUAUUUGGUCGGUCCUCGGCUUAGCCGGUUUCCAUAGUUACCUAGUGGCAACCAAUCAGACGACAAAUGAAGAUAUCAAAGGGACAUUUUCAUCUCGCCGAGGACAAAAUAUGUACAAUCCGUACAGUAGGGGAUCAGUGUGGGCGAAUUGUAUUGAACUUUUGUGUGCGCCUGUGAAACCAAGCUUGCUAGAUCUCAGAGGUGUUGUGGUUCCAGAUCCAAGUGAAAAUGCCUGGCAAGGACAGUAUGGCUCGGUUGCUACAAAUCAACAGCCUGCAACACCCGUAACUUCUCUCAUGCAGACCACGUGUACGGAACCCACAGGUGUCAGUAGUACAAGCGAUGCUAAUAAUUUAUCUGAGCAAAGGAAACCUCUCAUGUCUAAUUAUCAAUCAAAUAAUGACCAAGGAAAUUUAUUGUCUGAGGAAAGUGAACUUGGUAUUGUCAAAUUGAGCACUGUAUGAGAGACAAUUUAACAUAUUCAUACAGGUAGAUUUUUAUUGUGGAAUUUGGUUAAAUCACUUUUUUACAUCGAAAACAUUAAAAAACAAUUUUCUCAAAUAUUAAAAUCAUAAUUUAGCCAUCUCCACUUGUGCAUUAAAUAUUGCAAUGUUUAAUAAGUUUAAUACUUUUUCAUGUAUUACCUUAAUUAUUUAAUGUAAGUUAGUAGUUAGUGGUGUACUUUAUUGAUUUGAACUGUAUGUAUUAAUGACAAUUGAGUUCUUAGAAAUA